UUCUACACCGAGCCUUGCAGCGAGCGAGAAACACGACCACGGAGGCGCCCAGGAGGGGAGACGCGCCGCCGGCUAGCGGCGUCCCUCCGGGAGAAAGAGCUCCGGAGAAGAGGCGGCGCCGCGGUGGAGGUGGCGGCGCUGAGGGUGCUGCGCGAGAUGGCAGCUGCCUAGCCCGGCGGGCGCGGAGCAGCCCCGAGCUGUGGCUGGCGAGACGGGGCGGCUGGGCGGUGGACCCCACCGCGACCGCCGCAGAGCCCCUGGAAGAGAUGAGCGCAGAAGAUAGCGAGGGCAUCACUUUCCCCGUUCCCCCGUUUAGCCCCCCGGGUUUUUGCACCUUCCCGGAGGGCGGCUGCAGCCGAAGGGGCGGAGCGGCUGCAGCAGCUGCUCCAGGCGAGGGGAGUCAGUUCCCACCACCGCCUCCACCCGCCGGUAGCUUCUGGAAUGUAGAAGGCAGUGGCGCCUCUGUCACCUGCACUGGGGGCAUCUCGGCCGCUACUGUUGCGAGCGGGGCUCCGAGCGCCCCCCGAAGUCGGGGCAACUCGACUGGCGCUGGCGGUGACAGUCGGAGAACCACGGUGGCAUACGUGAUUAACGAAGCCAGCCAGGGGCAGCUGGUGGUAGCUGAGAGCGAGGCCCUGCAGUGCCUGCGGGAGGCUUGCGAGACGGUGGGCGCUGCGCUGGAGACCCUACAUUUUGGCAAACUGGACUUCGGGGAAACCGCGGUUUUGGAUCGUUUCUACAAUGCAGAUAUUGCUGUGGUGGAGAUGAGUGAUGCUUUCCGUCAGCCUUCCUUGUUUUAUCAUCUUGGGGUGAGGGAGAGCUUCAGCAUGGCCAACAAUAUCAUCCUCUACUGUGAUACCAAUUCAGAUUCUCUUCAGUCAUUGAAGGAAAUCAUUUGUCAAAAGAAUACCAUGUGCACUGGGAAUUACACGUUUGUUCCAUACAUGAUAACCCCCCAUAACAAGGUCUACUGCUGCGAUAGUAGCUUUAUGAAGGGGUUGACAGAGCUAAUGCAGCCUAAUUUUGAACUACUUCUUGGACCCAUCUGCUUACCUUUAGUGGAUCGUUUUAUUCAACUUUUGAAGGUGGCACAAGCUAAUUCAAGCCAGUAUUUCCGAGAAUCCAUACUCAGUGAUAUCAGGAAAGCCCGUAACCUCUACACGGGUAAAGAAUUGGCAGCUGAGCUGGAAAGAAUCCGACAGCGAGUAGAUAAUAUUGAAGUCUUGUCAGCAGAUAUUGUCAUAAAUCUACUCCUCUCCUACAGAGAUAUUCAGGACUAUGAUUCUAUUGUGAAGCUUGUAGAAACUUUAGAAAAGCUGCCAACCUUUGAUUUGGCCUCCCAUCAUCAUGUGAAGUUCCAUUAUGCGUUUGCACUGAACAGGCGAAAUCUCCUUGGAGAUAGAGAAAAAGCUCUUAGUAUUAUGAUUCCUCUGGUGCAAUGUGAAGGCCAGGUUGCUUCUGAUAUGUAUUGUCUUGUGGGUCGAAUCUACAAAGAUAUGUUUUUGGACUCCAAUUUUACAGACACAGAAAGCAGAGAUCAUGGAGCUUCCUGGUUCAAAAAGGCAUUUGAAUCUGAGCCAACACUACAGUCAGGAAUUAAUUAUGCAGUCCUCCUUCUGGCAGCUGGACACCAGUUCGAAUCUUCCUUUGAGCUACGGAAAGUUGGAGUGAAACUAAGUAGUCUGCUUGGAAAAAAGGGAAACCUGGAAAAACUCCAGAGCUACUGGGAAGUUGGAUUUUUCCUUGGUGCCAGCGUACUUGCUAAUGAUCACUUGAGAGUGAUACAAGCUUCUGAAAAGCUUUUUAAACUGAAGACACCUGCAUGGUACCUCAAAUCUAUUGUAGAAACCAUUUUGAUAUAUAAGCAUUUUAUGAAACUGACUACAGAACCACAUGGAGCCAAGCAAGAGCUUGUGGAUUUCUGGAUGGAUUUCCUGGUUGAAGCCACAAAGACAGAUGUGACUGUAGUUAGGUUUCCGGUUUUAAUAUUAGAACCAACAAAAAUCUACCAACCUUCCUAUUUGUCUAUCAACAAUGAAGCUGAUGAAAAAACGAUAUCUAUCUGGCAUGUGCUUCCUGAUGACAAGAAAGGUAUUCACGAGUGGAAUUUUAGUGCAACUUCCGUCAGGGGAGUAAGUAUUUCAAAGUUUGAGGAACGAUGCUGCUUUUUAUACGUGCUUCACAACUCGGAUGAUUUUCAAAUCUAUUUCUGUACAGAACUUCAUUGCAAAAAGUUUUUUGAAAUGGUGAAUACUAUUACUGAAGAAAAAGGAAAAAGUACAGAAGAAGGGGAAUGUGAUAGUGAUUCUUUGGAGUAUGACUAUGAAUAUGAUGAAAAUGGUGACAGAGUCAUUUUAGGGAAGGGCACUUAUGGUAUAGUUUAUGCUGGACGUGACCUGAGCAAUCAAGUCAGAAUUGCUAUUAAAGAAAUCCCUGAGCGAGAUAGCAGAUAUUCCCAGCCUUUACAUGAGGAAAUAGCAUUACAUAAGCAUCUGAAACACAAAAAUAUUGUCCAGUAUCUGGGUUCAUUCAGUGAGAAUGGCUUCAUUAAAAUUUUCAUGGAACAGGUUCCAGGAGGAAGCCUAUCUGCUCUUCUUCGAUCAAAAUGGGGUCCCUUAAAAGAUAAUGAGCAAACUAUUGGCUUUUAUACAAAGCAAAUUCUUGAAGGAUUAAAAUAUCUCCAUGACAAUCAGAUUGUACAUCGGGAUAUAAAGGGUGACAAUGUGUUGAUCAACACAUAUAGUGGUGUUCUAAAGAUCUCUGAUUUUGGCACAUCAAAGAGGCUUGCUGGCAUCAAUCCAUGUACUGAAACUUUCACUGGUACUCUUCAAUAUAUGGCACCAGAAAUAAUAGAUAAAGGACCAAGAGGAUAUGGAAAAGCAGCAGACAUAUGGUCUUUGGGCUGUACAAUCAUUGAAAUGGCUACAGGAAAACCACCAUUUUAUGAAUUGGGAGAACCUCAAGCAGCUAUGUUCAAGGUGGGAAUGUUCAAGAUACACCCAGAGAUCCCUGAGUCUAUGUCCGCAGAGGCCAAGGCUUUCAUAUUGCACUGUUUUGAACCAGAUCCUGACAAGAGGGCCUGUGCCAAUGAUUUGCUUGUUGAUGAAUUCUUAAAAGUUUCCAGCAAAAAGAAGAAGACACAGCCUAAACUUUCAGCUCUUUCAGCUGGAUCAAAUGAAUAUCUUAGGAGCAUAUCUUUGCCAGUCCCUGUACUAGUAGAAGACACAAGCAGCAGUAGUGAAUAUGGAUCCGUUUCACCUGACACCGAUUUAAAAGUGGAUCCCUUCUCUUUCAAAACAAGAGCCAAAUCCUGUGGAGAAAAAGAUGGGAAAGGAAUCCGGACCCUCUUUCUGGGUAUUCCAGAUGAGAAUUUUGAAGACCACAGUGCUCCCCCUUCUCCUGAAGAAAAAGAUUCUGGAUUCUUUAUGCUGAGAAAAGACAGUGAGCGAAGAGCUACUCUGCAUAGGAUAUUAACAGAAGACCAGGAUGAAGUUGCGAGAAACUUAAUGGAAUCAUUGGCUCAGGGACCUGAGGCACCUAAACUUAGAUGGGAGCACAUCACAACUUUAGUCUCAAGCCUCAGAGAGUUUGUGAGGUCAACAGAUCGAAAAAUCAUAGCCACCACACUGUCAAAACUGAAACUGGAGCUGGAUUUUGAUAGCCAUGGAAUCAGUCAAGUCCAAGUGGUUCUGUUUGGUUUCCAAGAUGCCGUCAAUAAAGUCCUUCGGAAUCACAACAUCAAGCCUCACUGGAUGUUUGCCUUAGACAGCAUCAUUCGAAAAGCGGUCCAGACAGCCAUUACCAUUCUAGUUCCAGAACUGAGGCCACACUUUAGUCUCGCAUCUGAAAGUGAUACAGCUGAUCAGGACGACUUGGAUGUCGAAGAUGACCGUGAUGAACAGCCUCCCACUCAAACUAAUCGAAGACCUCAGGCAGUCAUUGAAGAUGCUGUGGCCACCUCUGGGGUGAGCACACUCAGUUCCACAGUAUCUCAUGAUUCCCAGGGUGCUCACAGGUCUCUGAAUGUCCAGCUUGGGAGAAUGAAAAUAGAAACAAAUAGAUUGCUAGAGGAAUUAGUUCGAAAAGAGAGAGAAUUCCAAGCACUCCUUCAUCAAGCAAUUGAAGAAAAAGAUCAAGAAAUUAAACAUCUGAAGCUUAAGUCACAACCAAUAGAUAUUCCUGGACUGUAUGUUUGUCACCUAAAUUCUCCUGGCAUAGGAGCUGAAGACUCUGAACUUAUCGACUGGCUGAGAGAGAAUGGAGCUGAUGAGGACACUAUAAGCAGGUUUUUGGCUGAAGAUUAUACUCUAGUUGAUGUUCUCUACUGUGUUACUCGUGAUGAUCUGAAAUGCCUACGACUAAGGGGAGGGAUGCUGUGUACACUGUGGAAAGCUAUCAGUGACUUUCGAGAAAAAAAACCUUGACUGUAUGUGGCUCAACAUUACUCUGCUCUUCAGUGGAUAUUCUGAAAAUUCACCCAGCACAGGACUGAUGUUUUGGGGAAGGGUGGGUGCCAGAUGGAGGGGUGAAGUGAGGUGAAGAGGGAGAAUUGGAAGAGGUGAAGGAAAAGAAAGACCCUGCACUUUAAUACAGUAUUUGUUUACCAAUGCUAAAAACAACACUGCAGCUUCCUAACUGCUUAAAUUUCUACAAUUCAUAUGGACUCUAUUUAAAGAAUGUUUAGUCUAAACAUUUUUUACACAGGGAUGUAUUUUUAUCCUAGGAGCUAUGAUCCUUUAAAGAAGCAAAUGUUAAUUUCACACAAAAGAGAUGUAACAUUUCAUAUAAUUGUGCAUCACUGGAACAAAAGCAAAAUGUGACCAUAACUUUUUUGGGGUUUAUGUUUGUCAAUAACCUAUAAUAGUAAUUCAUUGUGUAAAACUUAUUUUUAAGUGUGCAGAAUCUGUGAGCAGUUGUUUUUACUUACUAGUUAAUUAUAAUAUUGUAUAGUUUUUGUAACUUAAGUUUCUGGUCUAUGGUACAUUUGUUUUAGAGUUGUUUAUGUACUACUGAACUGUACCAGUUGUAUAUGCCUGAAUCAUAGUAAUGUUAGCUUGUUCUAAAGCUAUCUAUUGUGACACACAUUCUUAAAAGUAAAAAGAAUCUAAACAUAGUUUUUGAUAAA